UGAUAAUUUGGGCGUACAAAAAUAGUGAAGGGUUGAAGGUGUCACCAAAUUACGAAGUGGUGAAGUAAGAGUGAAGGGAGGGAGAUCGCGGUUCCGGCUAAACACCAGAUUAUCGAUUCGCUGACAUUAAAACAUGGCAUGGAGUGCGACGAUGAUCGGAGCCCUUCUGGGCCUCGGCACACAGAUGUACUCCAAUGCUCUCCGUAAACUCCCUUACAUGCGCCAUCCUUGGGAGCACUUGGUUGGAAUGGGACUGGGAGUCGUGUUCGUCAAUCAGCUGGUCAAAUGGGACGCUAAGCUCCAGGAGGACCUUGACAAGAUGCUCGAUAAGGCCAAAGCGGCCAACGAGCGACGCUACUUUGAUGAUGACGAUGAUUGAUUGGAAAUCCCCCUAAUGCAUUGUGGCUUUUUUAUAUGAGGUCAUCUGUGUUCUUUGUUUUUUUUUUUUAAUUUUUUUUUUUUAAAAAAUAGAAGUCACCCAUGUUUAAAGAGACUGAGGUCUUGUUGAGCCUAUCUGUCAAUUAUUGACACACUGUUCUGAAAUAUUUUGACAUUCCAAGUUUUUGUUGGCUGUUCCUUUGUUUCUGCUGCGCAGCAACUUAAUACGAAGGGUAAUGUUUGAGAUCUGUAAUAAUAAGGGAUUGCCAUUUGUGUAAUAACAUGCGCCGCUACUCUCUCAUCAAA